AUCCAACAAAAUUUCGGCCACAUAAAACCAUACCCCCAUUGAUUGCAUAGAUUGCCAAAACACCAGGUUAUGCUAAUCUUUCCACCAUUUAUGUUCUGACGUUUGAACCUUCAUAGAUAACAUUUUAUUCGGUGUUCACUGACCAUUCAUUCGGUGAUAAACCUAGGAAGCAGUAUUAUGGUGAACGUAGCAAUCACUGUCAGUUUAGCAGUAGUGUCCCUGUGUACGCUAUUCUGUUGUGGCAGUUGUAAUGGCAGUCGUAACAAGAGGAUCCUCAUGAGUGACCCCGACUACGUCCAACAACAGAUGACCCACCUACAGAGUGAACUACAGACCCUUCAGGCGACGGUACAAUUACAGAACGGAAAAAUUUCUUCAUUGGAACAACAACUCUCCCAGGCGAAUCAAAACCGAGGAGGAGUCACCUUUGUCCGCUGGGGUAGGACCGACUGUCCAGCUAAUUUGACAGAACUCGUGUAUUCCGGUUACACAGGAGGGUCCUGGUGGGAUCACCCCGGAGCGGCAGCAGACUAUGUCUGUUUACCACGGGACUCAGUUUGGGGGCCAUACAAAGAUUUGCCAAAUGAUGACUACUCAGGAAGAAUGUACGGGACUGAAUACGAAUCCGACAACCCGGCAUCACCAUUCGGGCUAAAAUCACAAAACGAAGAAGCUCCAUGUGCGGUCUGUAGAUCUACAUCCUUUGUUUCGUCUGUGAUGAUACCGGCGAGGACGGAAUGCUACAGCGGCUGGAUGAAGGCGUACAGCGGGUCACUGGCGUCGGGAUACUAUAAUCACAAAGCAGCCUCCCAGUAUGUUUGUGUAGACGAACAUGCACAGCCUUUAGACGGAGGAGCCGAUUCCAAUGAUGAUGGAAAGUUGCUUUUCGCAGUUAAGGCGAAAUGUGGCUCACUUCGAUGUCCUCCGUAUGAAGAGGAUAAAUACCUUUCGUGUGUUGUCUGUAUGAAAUAAGUUAUACUAUUAAAUGUUUCCUAAAAUAUUCUGCUGUAUGUAUGCUUUAAAUAAAGUUUGUAAUAGGAGUGUCCACAAAAGAUAUGAAAAUACAUAUAUCAACAUUGUGGUAUAGAAACGUUAUCGUUUAACCUAGUAAUAAUAAUAAACAUACUAGCUUUUACAGCUAUGGUGCAUUCGGCUUUUAUGUUUCAUGUUAUUUUCAUAGAUCGGAUAAUUAAAGCAAACAUCAAAUGUAA